AUCUGACUAACGAGUGAGCUCGCACUCUCCCUCCCGUCCACAAUAACAUGCUCCGCGCUCCGCCCCAAACGCUGCAGCGCCCGCGACCGCGGUCACGGCCUCUCUCGCCCGCGCCACGAUGCUCGAACGACCCCGCGCCUGCUGCCGCCGGCAGCAUCCGGCGCCUGGUGCUCCCGCCCGAGGGCCGCGCGAAGCUGGACCCGCGCCCGGACCGCGACUUCUACGCGUUCCCGCGCCUCGUCACGCACGUGGACGACGGCUUCAUCGCCACGCUCACGGACCUUUACCGGGAGCGCCUGAAGCCCGGGUGGGACGUGCUCGACCUCAUGAGCUCCUGGGUCAGCCACCUGCCGCCAGAGGUCCAGUUCCGGCGGGUCGUCGGCCACGGGCUCAACGCGCAGGAGCUCUCCAGGAACCCGCGCCUCGACUACUUCUUCGUCAAAGACCUCAACCGCGAGCAGGAGCUCGAGCUCGAGAGCGGCUGCUUCGACGCCGUGCUCUGCACCGUCAGCGUGCAGUACCUGCAGUCCCCUGAAAAGGUUUUCGCGGAGAUCUUCCGGGUGCUGAAGCCGGGGGGUGUGUGCAUCGUGAGCUUCAGCACCCGGAUGUUCUACGAGAAGGCGAUCGGAGCGUGGCGGGAGGGCACCGCCAACAGCCGCGUCCAGCUCGUGACGCAGUACUUCCAAUGCGUGGAGGGGUUCACGCAGCCCGAGGUGAUCAGGAAGCUGCCCUCGCCCGGCGGGUUGCCGGGCUCGCCGCUGGACGCCGUGAUGAGGCUGUUCGCCGGGAUGGCCAGCUCCGACCCGUUCUACGCCGUCAUCUCGUAUAGAAACUUCAAACCAAUGUAAAGCCUGAUCCCGAACUGAGAGAAUCUGUGCAAAAUUGGGAUUUGUACAGUUUAUAUAAUCAUUAGUGGUGAAACUCAGAAGGUGAGACAUCA